GUGAGCUGAGUUGCUUCCAGCUCUCCUCCAAGCUUGCUUCCCCGCCACCUCAUUAUUUUCUCGUUGCUCAUAUCAUCCCCGUACCUUGUCCAUAGAAUUGCCAUUGUUUGUUCCUUGGUAUUGUUCUGUUGUUCUUUUAUUGCAGUUGAGCUCUGUGAGACCCUGCCUCCACAGUUCCAUUCCCGCCUGAUCCGCUCUGCUCCAGUUGCAGCCCGAUAAACACCUUCUCUCACCGCCGCUAAGUUAAGGUGGUCUACUUCCCGAGACUAUGGACAGCCGGCCGGUUGCAACGGCGCCUGGUCCGUACAAUGGACCCGGGUCAUACCCUCUACCACCUUCUGGGGCCCCGCCGGGGGUCUCAGUCGAUCCGUACUCUCGGCCGCCUCAGUCUACCACACCCACAGCUCCUUACCCUGGGACAGUCUAUGGAGGCCCGCCUCCUGGGCCGACAAGUGUUGCUCCAUUUGAGCAUAUGUCUGGUCCAGCAGCCUACCCAAAUCCUCACUCUCAACAGGCCAGCAUGGUGGAGGGACCGCGACCUUCAGCUGCCCUGAACCCUCUUGUUACGACGACACAGGACUUGAAAACGUUCAAGACAGGGACUCAGUUCGCGCUCCGAGAGUAUCUGUCUCUGCAAAGAAAGAGAGGUCGACUGGAUGGUGCCAUGUCGUUAGAGUUAGAGGACCAAAUCAGGGCCCAAGGUCGUGUCCUGCUCGGUGACCUCAAAGUCUUGCGGAAGGAGGUCGGAAGCCUAAUUAAAGAUGGCGAAAACCAUCGCUGGAGAAACUGGCUCAUUGGUGGAGCUGUAGCAACCUUUAUCCCAGCCGUAAAGCGCAUCUUCCGUCGCCCUUCCGACAAGACGGGAACCGACGUCCAAGCGUCCAACAGUACCGAGUACGCAUUCUGGCGCAGCAAAGCACUAGUCGCCCGCAUCAAGGACAGCCUCCUGGGGCGCAACAGCUUCGCCAGUAUCGCCUUCUUUGUCUUUGCCGUACUCUAUGUUUUCACCAAUGAGGUUUCUCUACAGGUGGCCAAGACCGUGUCGAAGCGGUUGAAGCGACUAAGCGCCAAGAUCGAGCGGGGUGACGUGGAGGUUGUCGACCAAGACAUGAAGCUACUCGAAGGCUGGCGGUGGAGAGUUCUCAUGUGGAAGCAGUGAUUUAUGCGAGACAUGAUGCAUAUGAAAGAAAGCAUGUAUGACAGACAUGAGAAGAUGAAAGCGUUGCAUAUUGGAGCGUGCAGGUUUCGGCUUGUUUUUUGAGCUCUUAUACAUCUGGAGAACCAACCAUAGACAUGUUUGUCCUCGUGAACACUCUGCACUUGGAGACAACACUUUCAAUUCAUUCCUAGCUUGCAGAGUAAGACUAUUAUCUUUGGUGCCUC